CUGAGGCCCCGCCCCCCGGGUUGCCUUCUCAGCCGCAAGGCGCGGCUUUGCUCACUCGCUCGCGGCGUGGAGUCCACACCAGCUCGGGAGGAGCUCGAUUGUGCAGAAGGAUGAGUGCAGGCUCGGACCCCGUGGUCAUCGUCUCGGCGGCGCGGACCGUCAUAGGCUCCUUCAAUGGUGCUUUGUCCACCGUUCCUGCCCAUGACCUGGGCUCGACUGUCAUCAGAGAGGUCCUGAAGAGGGCCAAUGUGGAUCCCAAGGAGGUAUCAGAGGUCAUAUUUGGACACGUUUUGACAGCAGGUUGUGGGCAGAAUCCCGUUCGACAAGCCAGUGUGGGGGCAGGAAUCCCCUACUCUGUUCCGGCCUGGAGCUGCCAGAUGAUCUGUGGGUCAGGCCUGAAAGCCGUGUGCCUCGCCGCCCAGGCCAUAGGGGUGGGAGACUCCCGCAUUGUGGUCGCAGGAGGCAUGGAAAACAUGAGCAAGGCCCCUCACUUGGUUCACUUGAGGACUGGCGUCAGGCUCGGGGAGGCCGCGCUCACUGACAGCAUCCUCUGUGACGGGCUGACAGAUGCGUUUCACAACUACCACAUGGGCAUGACAGCUGAAAACGUAGCCAAAAAAUGGCAAGUGAGUAGAGAAGAUCAGGACAGGCUUGCCGCUCUGUCCCAGGACAGGACGGAGAGGGCACAGAAAGCUGGCCAUUUUGACAAAGAGAUUGUGCCGGUUUUUGUAUCUUCUAGAAAAGGUCUCACCGAAGUGAAAACCGAUGAGUUUCCUCGCCCCGGGAGCACCCUAGAAGCCAUGUCUAAGCUAAAGCCUUACUUCCUCACAGAUGGGACGGGAACAGUCACCCCAGCUAAUGCCUCAGGAAUUAAUGAUGGUGCUGCUGCUGUGGUUCUUAUGAAGAAGUCAGAAGCUGAGAACCGCGGGCUUACACCUUUAGCACGGAUAGUUUCGUGGUCACAAGCAGGCGUGGAGCCUUCCAUUAUGGGAACAGGACCAAUCCCGGCAAUAAAGCAAGCUGUUGCAAAAGCAGGUUGGUCACUGGAGGAUGUUGACAUAUUUGAAAUCAACGAAGCUUUUGCAGCCGUCUCUGUUGCAAUAGUUAAAGAACUUGGAUUAAACCCAGAAAAGGUCAACACUGAAGGAGGAGCUAUAGCCUUGGGCCACCCGCUUGGAGCAUCUGGUUGUCGCAUACUUGUUACUCUGUUACACACAAUGGAGCGCAAGGGUUGCCAGCGUGGUGUCGCUGCCCUGUGCAUCGGGGGUGGGAUGGGAAUUGCAAUGUGUGUUCAGAGAGGAUGAAAUGGCCUAGCAAUUAAUCAAACCUCAUCUCUUUUUAAACUAAUACUAAAUUGUGAAAUCAGAGGACAGGAGUUUCCUGGUGGCCUAAUGGUUAAGGAUCUGGUCGUGUCACUGCUGUGGCAUGGGUUUGAUCCCUGGCCCAGGAACUUCUGCAUGUUACGGGCAUAGCCAAAAAGAAGAAAUCAGUGGACCAAAGUGAAGAUGGAAGUUAUUUCCCACUUCACAAGAAACCCAAGGCUUGCCAGCUCGUUGCACUUUUAAUGUAUAACACUCCAGAUACAAGAAAAUUGUUCUAACACUGUUAUAAAUAAAUGAGAUCAGUCAUCAAGGG